AUGUCUAUUGAAAAUCUAAAAUCAUUUGAUCCAUUUGCUGAUACUGGUGACGACGAAACCGCUGCUUCAAAUUAUAUUCAUAUUCGCAUUCAACAAAGAAAUGGUAGAAAAACGUUAACUACAGUUCAAGGUGUACCAGAAGAAUAUGAUCUAAAGAGAAUCUUAAAAGUCUUAAAGAAAGAUUUCGCUUGCAAUGGUAACAUUGUUAAGGAUGCUGAAAUGGGUGAAAUUAUUCAAUUACAAGGUGAUCAAAGAGCAAAAGUUUGUGAAUUCAUGAUUAGUCAACUUGGUCUUCAAAAGAAGAACAUCAAAAUUCACGGUUUCUGA